AUGGAGCAGACGUCCCCCAAAGGAGGGCCCUCUUCUCCUGCAUUGCGCGAACCAAGUCUCCAUCUUCCUUCAACGACCGAUCCACCCGGCCCCCAGAAUCCCGCCAAACCCCUCAUUUUCGGCGCAACUGGCCACAUGGGCCGGUCCCUAGUAAAAACCGCCCUGGCCAACAAUGACCUAGUAGCAGCAGUGGGACGCACAUACGAGAACAGCCCCGCAUCAAUGAAAGAGCUCGAAUCAGCAAACUGCAUCGGACUCCUAUGCGACGUACGCGCGCGUGAGACCGUGAAGCGUGUAAUCGACCAAACAAUCACCCACUUCGGCCGAAUCGACAUAAUCGCAAACUGCUCCGGCUACGGCGUGAUCGGCGCCUGCGAAGACCAAGAUGAAUUCGACAUCCGCAACCAAUUCGAAACAAACUUCACAGGCACCUUGAACAUGAUCCAACUAUCUUUGCCGCAUUUCCGCCAGCGUCGCGCGGGCAGAUACCUCAUUUUCAGCUCGACGUCUGGCGCGCUCGGCGUGCCGGGUCUCGGACCCUACUGUGCUUCCAAAUAUGCUGUCGAGGGCUUGAUGGAGAGUAUGCUGUACGAAGUGGAUAGUUUUAAUAUUAAGGGUACGCUUGUCGAGCCGGGACACAUGCGUCGCGAUGAUACUGCGGAUGUUGUUACUCCGGGUGAUUUCGCAACUAACCCCUCUGAACAUCAUCUUUCCUCGCCGUUGCCGCUCUACGGUCAUUUUUUGGUGAAACCGCCCAGUGAGCCGUAUAAUACGACUACGUCGCCGGCGGCGCAUGCGCGACGUAUGCUCAUGUGGUUGGGUGAUAAGCAGCCUGCUAGUGCGGUUAAAGCGGCGCAUUUGGUUUGGCAGCUUGGUCAUUGCUCUUAUCCGCCUCUGAGGUUGAUUCUGGGGACGUAUGCUGUGGAGAGUAUACGGGAUCGGUUGAAGUGUAUUAUUGAGGAGAUUGAGGAUUGGAAGCAUCUCAGCUUCCCGAUGGGUGAGACGCAGCCCGUUGGAGCUGGGCGUGAUAAGUCUGUUCAAGCUGAAGGGAGUGAACGUGGGUAA